AGCAGAACUUGCAGGCAACCCAGAACUACAUAUUCCAUCGAUUAAACAUCGAAUUCGUUACCGACGUUCAUUUCUCGUAGAGCCGAUUCCACAGCUCAACCUCAAUUCAAGUGAAAAUUAAUCCAUCGACAAGAUGAGAUCAAAAUUCACAGCAAUCUCAUGAGUCGUGAAUUAAAAAUUGCUCAUUUCCAUGUCACGAUAUGACGUCAACCAGAAAAGCCAGUGGUAUCAGCCUCGUCUCACGGCUAACCUUGGGUUUGGAGGAGGAGCCUAAUUAUGACGAAAUGAGUGAUGAAAACCUGCAAGAGAGUCUAGAGACAGCUAUUCAUACCAAUGAACUUCUGGAACUGGAAAAUAUAGUUUUCGAACGGUAUUUGAGGAGACACGACCCGCAAUCUCUCGUCACAAUGACACAAGCCCUGGAAACAGCGAAGCAACUGCAGAGAACUGCAUCCCUCAUAGCCCCGAUGGCUUCAUUCCAAAACUUGACAGGAAGUGUGCGUGGAUCCACCACGAUACGAGAUAAGAUUUCAAUGUCACCGAGUACAGGUGGAAGUGUUCAAACAGUCACAGGAAGUCGUCGUUACGGAUCUGUCCUGAUACCGCAGACCAAGAGCCUCAGGAUAACCGUCAACCAUCGAAUUGAGAUGGCGAAUAAAGAAAUCGAGGAAAUGAAGAAGCACCUGGUGAAUCUCGAGCAGGAAACCAUAAAGAAGAAGGCUAAUCUCAAGGCCAAGACCGAAGAAAUUCAGAUGAGGAUCAAAGACAUUCAGGAAGCGAAAACUCAGCUGGAGGAGAACGUCAUCAAGGGGGUGGAUCCUGUGACUGGAAAAAUUCCAGCUGAAAAAUUCAUCAGAUUCAUCGAAGACCGGAUCAAAGCUGCUGACAGAAUGAUAGAAAAAUUGCGGCUCAAGUCGCUGUCACUCAAGCAACAAAUCAAAAAGGUCAAAAUACAAUUGCAGCAGAGGGAAGAACUCGGCGAGACUCUGCACCCGAUUGAUUUUCAGGUUCUCGCGAUAGAGAAUCACGAUUACCUGAAGAAGAUCGAGGAGAAAACCGCGGACCUGUCGGAGCUGAAGAAAAUCACCGGCCGAUACAAUCUCGAAUUGAGUAUUAAAAAAAAUAAAUUACUGGAGCAACGACAAAUUCUCAAAAAUAUGGAGAAAGAGAUUGAGUUGAAGAAGAAACACAUCGAGAAACUCAAAGUUGAAGGAAAAAAUAUAAAAGAUGAAGUGGAGAAAACUGAUAAACAAAUUGAGGAGAUUAACAAGUUGAUGGCAGAACAAAAGGUGCCAGACGUUCUGGAAUUAAUAAAAGUGCAAGCGGAGCUCCAAGAAAUGAAGAAGACAUUCAAACGUCUAGAAAGACGUAAAAAUAUUCAAAUGAUUGCCCUAAACACCUUCAAAAAACAUCAAAAACAAUUAAAUCAAAUGGAAUUACCCAGGAAAUCACAGCCUGAUUAAUUUUAUCAAUCCUCCAAAUGCCAAUUAAAAAUACAACUGAUUGAA